UAAAACAACCCCUCUGCCACAAUGAACAAAUUGUACAUCGGGAAUCUAAGCGACCACGCCGGCCCCGCGGACCUGGAAAGUGUCUUCAAGGACGCUAAGAUCCCGGUGGCCGGCCCCUUCCUGGUGAAGACGGGCUACGCGUUCGUGGACUGCCCGGACGAGGGCUGGGCCCUCAAGGCCAUCGAGGCGCUUUCAGGUAAAAUGGAACUGCACGGGAAGCCGAUGGAAGUUGAGCACUCGGUCCCCAAACGGCAGAGGAUUCGGAAACUUCAGAUACGAAAUAUCCCGCCCCACUUACAAUGGGAGGUGCUGGAUAGUUUACUAGUCCAGUAUGGAGUGGUGGAAAGCUGUGAGCAAGUGAACACGGACUCCGAAACCGCAGUUGUCAAUGUAACCUACUCCAGUAAGGACCAAGCUAGACACACAGAGGAGAUCCCCCUGAAGAUAUUAGCUCACAAUAACUUUGUAGGCCGUCUUAUUGGUAAAGAAGGAAGAAACCUUAAAAAAAUCGAGCAAGACACAGACACUAAAAUCACAAUAUCUCCGUUGCAGGAACUCACGCUGUACAAUCCGGAGCGCACCAUCACCGUUAAAGGCAGUGUGGAGACGUGUGCCAAGGCUGAGGAGGAGAUAAUGAAGAAAAUCAGGGAGUCUUACGAAAACGAUGUUGCUUCCAUGAAUCUUCAAGCACAUUUGAUCCCUGGAUUAAAUCUGAAUGCCUUGGGUCUGUUCCCACCCACUUCCGGGAUGCCACCUCCCACCUCAGGACCCCCCUCAGCCAUGACUCCUCCCUACCCACAAUUUGAGCAGUCAGAAACGGAGACUGUGCACCUGUUCAUUCCCGCCCUGUCAGUUGGCGCCAUCAUUGGCAAGCAGGGCCAGCACAUCAAACAGCUUUCUCGGUUUGCGGGAGCUUCGAUUAAGAUCGCUCCAGCCGAAGCACCGGAUGCUAAAGUGAGGAUGGUGAUCAUCACUGGACCACCAGAAGCUCAGUUUAAGGCUCAGGGAAGAAUUUAUGGAAAAAUUAAAGAAGAAAACUUUGUUAGUCCUAAAGAAGAGGUGAAACUUGAAGCUCACAUCAGAGUGCCAUCCUUUGCUGCUGGCAGAGUUAUUGGGAAAGGAGGCAAAACGGUAAAUGAACUCCAGAAUUUAUCAAGUGCUGAAGUGGUUGUCCCCCGUGACCAGACACCUGACGAGAAUAACCAAGUUGUUGUCAAGAUAACUGGCCACUUCUAUGCUUGCCAGGUUGCCCAGAGGAAAAUUCAGGAAAUUCUGAAUCAGGUGAAGCAGCACCAGAAGGCCCUGCAAAGUGGACCCCCUCAGUCAAGGCGGAAGUAAGGGCUCAGGAGACAGCCGCCACAGAGGCAGAUGCCAAACCAAAGACAGAUUUGCUUAGCCAACAGACGGGUCUGACCCAUCCAGAAUCACAUGCACGAAUAUUUCCCUAGCCGGUUGUUUCUGAGAACCAGGCAACACGAACUCCUGUCUCUGUGAGAAUGUAUACUUUAUGCUCUCUGAAAUGUAUGACACCCAGCUUUAAAAAAAAAAAAGUGGGGGUAGGGAAAGAGAACUCCGCACUUCCCUUGUGAUAUCGAAGUCUCACAGACAUGCUAAUUUUUAACAUCCUCCAUAAUGCCAGAAAUUGGCAUAAAUGGUACAUUCACUAAAUUCAUCAAAUAAAUCAGAAAAAAUAGAUCGUUCCUAAGUCCAAUGGUUGAAAUUGGAUCACAGUAGAAUUACCACAGGAACAUGAUGUUAAGCCAUUAGAGUAGAACUGUCGUUUCCUGUCUCUCUAACACUAACGAGGAUAAUCUAAGGGAAGUGCUGACCGCUGUUGGCGGGGUAUUAAGCGUGCAUUUUUACUCAACUACCUCAGGUAUUCAAUAAUACAGUUAAAAGCAAAAUUAUUCCUUUUUUGAAAUUUUUAUAUACUUUAUAAAGAAACUCCAA